UAAAUUAUACUAUACGAUGAGGCGUAAGGCAGGCGUUGGCGCGAUUCAAAAACAAAAGUUGGAACAGGAAAAAUAUAAGGAUAAAGGUACGGAGAUCCAAGAAAAUCAGUUCGAGCAAAUGACGAAGCAGAUGGAAACUUUCCGCGUGAAUCUGGAGGAAUUUGCAACAAAGCAUAAAAGUGAUAUUAAAAAAAAUCCACGGUUUCGACGGGAAUUUACUGAGAUGUGUGCAUCAAUUGGUGUAGAUCCUUUAGCCUCAGGAAAAGGCUUUUGGUCAGUUCUUGGCAUAGGAGAUUUCUAUUAUGAACUUGCUGUGCAAAUCGUUGAAGUUUGCAUGGCUACAAAUUAUAAAACUGGUGGUUUGAUUUCAUUGGAUGAACUUAGAACAAAAUUGAUUCAAGCUAGAGGUCGUAAGGAACAACAUCAAGAGAUAACAAAUGAAGAUUUAUUAGCAGCUGCCAAGAAAUUACGUAUUUUUGGAAGUGGAUUUUCUGUUGUCCCUAUCGGUGGAGGUAAACACAUGGUCCAAUCUGUGCCAGGUGAAUUAAGCAUGGACCAUACCGCUGUAUUACAAGGAGCUAGUACAUCUGGUAAUGCAUUUGUGUCAAAGCCUAUGUUAUGUAAACAUUUGCGAUGGGAACCAGAUCGUGUUCAAAAAGCCUUAGAUCAUAUGAUAAAAGAAGGACUGGCAUGGUUGGAUGAACAAGGUGAAGAUGAGGUUUUGUAUUGGUUUCCAAGUUUAUUCACAGCGUGUAUUGCAUCCACAGAAUAAGUACAAUAUCGACUAUAUCACUAAGAGAUGGAUAAUUUUUAAUAAAAACAAAAGAAGUAUCUAUAGUGAAAAAUGUAUUUCUAAUGCAAAUAAAUUUACAUACUCUUAUAAUAUGUACACAUUCAGAUAUUUGAUGUAAAGUUUGUUUAGGUAGAGAAAAAUAUUGUCACCUGAUUUCACUUGUAGUGUUAAAUCUAAAAUGAAAUACAUAUUUAGUUAUUUGAGAAUGUAGUAUCAUUAUAAAAAUAUAUUAAAUACAUACUGUC